AAAUCUUCUUCUUUGUUCUCCACUGAAAACCCUUGAAACUUGAAGAGCAGGUCAGAGCUUAAACCCUAAGAUUAAAAUGGAUGGGCACGAUGAUGAAAUGAAAGACAGUAUGCCCUCUCCAACCAAUUCUCAGAAAACUGUUUCUGAUGAUGAAGUAAUAGACUACUCCAUCAAGCCAGAGUUCUAUGAUUCAGAUCUUGAUGUGAAAGAUGAGUUGUGGGUUCAAAAGAAAAGAAAGGGAAGUGUUUCUGAUACCGUCCUGAGUUGUCCGUCUUGCUUCACCACACUGUGUCUGGAAUGUCAGAGGCAUGAAAAAUAUGUGACACAGUACAGAGCUGUUUUUGUUGUUAACUGCAAAAUUGGAAGUGAUCAGGUAAUCCACCAAAAAGGCGCAAAACCAAGGAGUGGCAAAAGUGGUAGACAAUCUGAGACUGAAACAAUCCCUGCUAGAAAUCAAACAUUCAAGCAAGUUUGCUGCUUAGUGUACUCGACAGAGGUAGGCGUCAUUGAUGAAUACGAAGUUUACCAUUUCUUCAAUGUUCUUCCCAGCGAGUCCUCCUCAUCUUCGUUUCAUUAGUCGUUAUGAGGAAUUGAGGAUACAUUUAUCUUGUAGUUGCAAACCUAUGUUUUUCUCGUCAGUCAAUAUUAGUGUUAGCAUCGUUUGAUAGCAGCAUUGAAAUGAUUUCAGGCUUCUACUUAAUCGCAAG